CAACCUAGUUUAUGCUGAACAAUAACUAAAAAUCAUUCUAAUUUAUUCGCCCGAGACGACUCGAACACAAAGAGCAUUUUCAUCGCCCGAGCAAUUUCGUUUGUGAGCACGACUUUUGGGUAAAUAUUCUUCGUGAACGUUACCUUGAAAUCGGCUUAGUUGAUUAAAACGCGAGUACAAAAAAUAUCAUCUGCGAAGGACUGAAGGGCGAAAUGAUGAUUGCUGCCAAGAAAACUAGCGUAUCGUCUAAACCUAAAAAUCCAUGGCCACUACCGAGUCUGAGACUUGUUUUGGUCUGUGUAUCUCUUGCUAUAACAGUGGUCACUUGCGCUCUUAUAAUAUUCGUUGAUGUCAGCGCUCCGAGUCUUGACAAUAUUUUCCUUUCCACUAUGUACUUUCCCCUUGGACAGGAAAUACAGCCUAAAAUUCGAAGAUGGUCGUCCAAUAAGACGGAAUGUCUGUAUUACUUUAAAGCUAAGGACGACAGCUUUCUCCAAGCGGAUGGCACACAGUGUGGUCAAGCAGUAUGGCAAAGCACUGCAAAUUUAGAAGAAAAGGACAGAUACGUCAAGCGAAUUUCAACAAACUAUCGUAUAUUUGAGCACGAACACAGUGCAGAGGGAUAUUUUAAUGAGUAUUGGCACGAAAAACUCAAAGACCCUUUACCGACGAGUUUUUACUCUGAGGAAACGGACAGUGCACCAAAAGCCGGUGAAAAGUUCCGAGCGUUUCGCUGGGAUCCACUCGCAGUGUCUCAUUUAGGUUCGGGUGCCAAAAGCUCGCCUUGGUUCCACAGAGCCACUGUUACUUCGCGCCAUAUAAUUUACAUUUUCAGGCAAGGGAAAAUAUUUGCAAGGCUUCUUGUCCAGGGUUUUAAUAACAGCAAAGAUCAAAGGCUCGGGGUGGAAUUUGCUGGAAGGUUGGCAGGUGUAAUGGCGGAGCUGAUUAAAAAGAACGAGCCGACACCAAUCCGCAAGUUCCUUCUUAACGUUCAGUGGGGCGUACGAUAUUUUAUCCGCGCCACCCCCUUACUCUGCGCCCAAAAGUUAUCCACGGCGCUGUCCAUCCUUUCUCACUGGACCACAAAACUGCUCAACUGUACUUGGUCCUCCCUGCGUAUUUCCAUGGCAACGCAGGCGUACUCGUUCUGGAGACACCUUACUGGUUCUGGUCUCAGUGAUCUCCAUUUUGUAGGUGUUGCUAUCUUAUUACUGACACUUCACAAGCUGCACACUGUUCUCUCGCCGUACGACCAAAUGGACUUUUCUCAAGUUCGUUGUCAGAGUAUGUUAAUGACAGCGAUAGAGAGAGCACGUCGACAGAAUCUUCUUAACCAAGAUUUGUUUCUGCAAGCAAAUUGAAAUUUUAAUCUUCUGCAAGUGAUAUUAUAAACGAGGUUGCAGCCGAAAAGCAACAUUUACAAGCAAAGAGCAAUGAAUAAUAUAAAACGAUUAGCUCCAUAAUUUUAUCCAGAUUGAAAUAAUAUAUUAUUAAUACCGUUAUUAUUAUCUGAUAAUUUAUUGACAAAUAAAUUAUUUAUGACCACGAAGGUCUAAAACAUAAAA